UCUGGCCCUAUCGAUAAGUGAUAUCGAUGAGUAUUCGAAUUCUAAAAAAUGAUCGCAUUUCAAACGGAGAAAUACCUUAAAUUGAAUAACACCCUCAAAAUCCACUGUACGAUUGCAUAAUAGUUGGGCCCCAACGUGCAUGCGAUCUGUUUGUUACGUCGUACUGGGUUUUCUACAACACCAGUCAUGUAUUUAACGCGAGCUGCACCAUGCAACAUAAAUAAGUAGGUAUUAAACACAUACCGCACUCCAGCUUAUUUCCGUUGACUGAGUUUGAGCUGAGCUUCAGCUGGGGCUCGCUCGGGUGCAGGUGCAGGCCUCCGUGCCUUCCGUCUGCGUGAGCGAAGAAGUUCACACACAACAGUCGAAGGAAACGAAAUAACGGAAAAUAAAGAAAUAAAAGCAGUUAGGAAACAUCUCCACCGAUACCCCCAUUCCAUGUGACGCUGACGAUGAAAAAAUGAAUCUUAAUCCAUAUCGAUGCUGAUUUAACCUGUUACUUCAUCUUGAACAACCAAUCGAAACAAUCCGAAGGAAACAGAGGAUCGCUCUCCUCGAGUGUAGGGUGUCAACGGAGUGCGGCCAAAGUGCUUUGAGGAAUUCGCAGUGGCAAGAAACCACCCACAAUCCAUGAGGCAGCCACAUCACAUAUAAUGGAAAUUGUGGGUUUUAGUGGUGCGCGUGCGCAUGCGCCUGCCUAUGCUGCGGCACGGAAGCAAAUCCAGCUGCCGGCGGGCAUUCCACCAGCCCAGCGCCACAUUCCAGCCUAGCUCCAACGGCUAGGUGCUGCUAGCGGGGUAAUAUAUAAAUGAACGAGUUGCAUGGGGCCAGCCACCAGAGCAUUUGGAGCCUUCGCAGCGGGCACAUCGUCAGAGUCUUCAACGGCGCAUUCGAAACAAAAACCAAGCGACAUGGAUAAUCGGAGCGCGCUGCUGAGAAUCGCUGUCGUGAUAGCGAUGGUUCUGCUCUUUGUGUGUGUUCAGGAAACGAAUGCCGGCAGUCAACAGAAGAAAAAGAAGAUUGUGAUACACGUGCCGAUUCACAAGAAAAUCGAGAAACAUAUCCAUACGGUGGUGAAGCAUGUGCACCACCACCACAAACCCCUUGUCCUGAAGGAGGAGAAGAAAGUCAUCCACGAGGACCAUCGUCCCAUCCAGAUACACCAGACCAAGGAGCUGGUACACCACCACGAGAAGCACGACCAUCAUGACCAUCACGACCACCACGACUACCAUGAGCACCAGCUCCAGCACCCGGUGUCUGAGGUAGAAGAGGAGGAGGAAGAGCACAUUCACCACCAUCACAACUACGAGCACAAGGGCCGGGACGAUUUUAUCGGCGGCGAUGGGAGUAGCAGCGAGGAGCGCUGACUAUGCGACGCCUGCACCGAGUGUCGGGACUUAAAGCGUCUGCGCAGACUGAUCUUUACGUAAAACUACCCAAAAUAAAAUAAGCGCCCUAGAUGCUGUUCGGAUUUCUCAUUUGUGAUUUUAUUAGGUCAA